CUGCUUUUCGCUGCCACCUGCAGUUUGUUUGUUUGGCAAGACUUCUGUUUUUAACAAUUAAUUUGUAAAUGGAGCAUCGCGACGGAGAUCCCGGCGCCGUGCAAUACGGCAAUUUCAAGAAUUAUUAUCAAUUUAAUUCGGCCAGCGAGCGUGUCAAAUUGUUGCCCAGCGCAAAUAUUUGGCUAAAGCAGAUGGACCCCAGUUUAAAUGUGGAAAUAAAGCCCUACCUGGUGCUGGAUGUGGGCUGCAAUUGCGGCGUCUUCACACAGCUGCUGCACGGCUUUCUAGAGGCGCAGCUGCAGCGGCCGGUGCACAUCCUGGGCGUGGACAUAGACGAGCGGCUGAUCGAACGCGCCCAGCUGGAGAACACGUGCCCCGCGAGAAUCAACUACUUUUGCGGCGAUGUCCUCAGUGCGGACAGCUUUGAUGCAACUGUUGAGAGAUUCCUGCAGCAGCAGCAAAGGGCCAAAUUUGAUGCCAUUUGCUGCUACUCGAUAACCAUGUGGAUUCAUCUGAAUCAUCACGACUGCGGCCUGCAGCGCUUUUUGUCCAAGCUAUGCGGGCUGGCCGAGCUGUUUGUGGUCGAGCCGCAGCCCUGGAAAUGCUAUCAGACCGCCGAGCGGCGUCUGAAGCGUGCGGGCGAGACAUUCCCCUUGUUCCGGGAGCUCAAGUGGCGCUUGGAUGUGGAGCAGCAGAUACAAAAGUUUCUGGAGCAGCAGCUGGGACGCCGAAACAUAUACGAAUCCAUGCCCACCAAAUGGCAGCGAAGGAUUUGUUUCUACAGAUGACCUAAAUUGGCAGCUAGAAAACAGUUUCAAUUCAGGAAAACCGCGAUCAGGAGCAGAGCACAGCAUUAACAGUUGCAUGCAUGUUAUUAACAGCGAAUAGAGCGAAGCGACUGCUAACAGUGGCUCUAACUGUUGCAUAAAUGCUAUUAACAGCGGUCUGUUAUCAAAGUUCAAAAUCCUAUUGAUAUUCUCUUUAGUUUAAAAUUAAUUAAAAUUUAAGUAUUAACAGCGGUCUGUUAUCAAAGUUCAAAA